AUGACCUCACGGAAAGAAUGGUUUCAUAAAUAUGAACCUGUCUUUGGAGGAUCAGUGUUCAUGGGAGAUGAUCAUGCCUUAGAGAUUGCUGGUAUUGGUACUAUUAAACUAAAAAUGUUUGAUGGUACGGUUUGCACGUUCUAUCCAAGAGAUGGGAUCAUCAAAGUAAGCAAGGGUGCGCUUGUUGUGAUGAAAGCUAAAAAGAUAGCGGCCAAUCUAUACAUGCUUAAAGGAGAAGCAGUUGUUGCAUCAGACAAUCUUCUAGAGGAAUCAACGAUGAUGUGGCAUCAAAAACUUGGCCACAUGACAGAUCGAGGUCUAAAGAUUCUUACUGAUCAACAUCUUCUUCCACGGCUAAAAAGGCAACAGUACAAGUUGAGGGAAGGAAGGAAAGAAGAAAUUCCAGUUUCUUCUGAAGCAACAAUAGUGCAUGAUGAACAAGAUCAAGCUGAGUUUUCAACUUCAAAAGUUCGACGAUCAACUCGGGAGAGGAGACAACCAUCUUGGCACUCAGAUUCUUCAAUGGAGGGAAAUGUUGCAUAUCGUCUACUAACAGAAGAUGGUGAGCCAUUAACUUACUAUGAGGUUAUGAAAUAUCCAGAUGCAUCUUUGUGGAUGACAGAAAUGCAAGAAGAAAUUGAAGCUCUCCAUAAGAAUAAAACAUGGGAACUUGUCUCGUUAUCACAAAGAAGGAAGGCUAUUGGGAAUAAAUGGGUCUAUAAGAUCAAACGAGAUAGCAAUAAUCAAGUCGAACGGUAUCGUGCUCUCGAUUAG